CUUCCUGCAGCAGCAGCCACAGAAGUUCAACCUGGACCUUCAGCUCCGAGAGGAAACGAGAAAUCUGCCGUUAAAUCAAACUGACGAUGCUUGUCCACUUCCGCUGACAUAUCUGACCUCGUCCAGCCGACUGUCUGCGGAGGACACGUCCCCGAGUAAUGACAAUGUUGGGCAUGUAUGUGCCAGACAGGUUUUCUCUGAAGUCGUCCAGGGUCCAGGAUGGAAUCGGUCUGUACACGGCGCGGCGAGUGAAAAAGGGAGAAAAGUUUGGCCCCUUUGCUGGUGAGAAGAAGCUGCCCAGUGAGCUGGAUGAAAGCUCGGACACCAGGCUGAUGUGGGAGGUCCGUGGCAGUAAAGGAGAUGUUCUGUAUAUCCUGGAUGCCAGUAAUCCACGCCAUGCCAACUGGCUGCGGUUUGUCCAUCAGGCACCUUCGCAACAGCAGAAGAACUUGGCAGCUAUACAGGAUGGCGAAAACAUCUUCUACCUGGCUGUGGAUGACAUUGAAACAGACACAGAGCUCCUUAUAGGCUACCUGGACAGUGAUAUGGAGGAAGAGGAGGAGGAAGAAGAGGAGGAGUUAAUCAAAGAUGAUGAUGAGAACAGUAAAGACUCCAAGCAUCUUGUUGAAAUGGAACUAGUCAUAAAGAAGGAGGACCACCCCUGCUUGCUGUGUGAGAGCAGUUUUCCCAGUGAGGAGAUUCUAGCCGCCCACCUCCAGAGUCUGCACCAGAGGCCCAGCACGGAGGAGAAGGAGUUCAAAUGCAGAAACUGUGGCAAGAAGUUCCCCGUCAAGCAGGCUCUGCAGCGCCAUGUUUUGCAUUGUUCAGAGUCUCCGGAUCCAUCAGGUGACUCUAAAGCUCAUCAGUGUUCGUUGUGUCACAACAUGUUCAGCUCAGAAUCAAGUUAUGAACAGCAUAAGGAAGCCUGUAGAGGAGAUGCCAGGUUCAUCUGUAAAGCCGAGAGCUGCGGUAAAAGAUUCAAGAGCAAGGACGCCCUGAAGAAGCAUAAAGGAAAUGUUCACACAGGCAGUGCACGGCGGAAACUCACAUGCACCAUAUGCAACAGGAAAUGCUCGUCCUCUCUGAAUCUACAAGAACAUAGAAAGAUACAUGAAAUAUUUGACUGCCAUGCGUGUGAUAAAAAGUUCAUUUCGACAAACCAGCUGAAGCGCCACAUGAUCACACACUCAGAGAAGCGACCGUAUACCUGUGAGAUCUGCAGUCGCUCGUUCAAGCGUCUGGAUCAGGUGACGGCUCAUAAGAUCAUCCACAGCGAGGACAAACCGUACAAAUGUAAGCUGUGUGGGAAGGAGUUUGCGCACCGCAACGUCUACAAGAAUCAUAAGAAGACCCAUUCCGAGGAGAGGCCCUUUCAGUGUGAGGAGUGCAAAGCUCUGUUCCGCACCCCCUUCUCUCUGCAGCGUCACCUCCUCAUCCACAACAGUGAGAGGACAUUCAAGUGUGACCAGUGCGAUGCGACCUUCAAGAGGAAGGACACGCUCAACGUGCACAUCCAGGUGGUACACGACGGCCACAAGAAGUAUAAGUGCGACCUGUGCGAGAAGGCCUUUGUCACUCCGUCGGUCCUCAAGAGCCACAAGAAGACACACACGGGGGAGAAGGAGAAGAUUUGCCCGUACUGUGGGCAAAAGUUUGCCAGCAAUGGCACGCUAAGGGUCCACAUCCGUAGCCAUACAGGUGAGCGUCCGUACCAGUGCCCUUACUGUGACAAGGCAUUCAGCAAGAAUGAUGGUCUGAAGAUGCACAUCCGCACACACACUCGUGAGAAGCCGUAUAAAUGCAGCGAGUGUAACAAAGCAUUUAGCCAGAAAAGAGGACUUGAUGAACACAUGAGGACACACACAGGAGAGAAACCUUUCCAAUGUGAUGUGUGUGACCUGUCAUUCAGCUUGAAGAAGAUGCUCAGCAGACAUAAGCUGACGCACAACCCCAACCGGCCCAUGGCAGAGUGCCAGCUGUGCCAUAAGAAGUUCACCAGGAACGACUACCUCAAAGUACACAUGGAGAAUGUCCACGGGGAAACAGAGAGCUAGAGGCAAUUAUUGAAACACUGGCUGAAAGCUAAAGAUAUUUGAUUGCGCAGAUAAAGCUCAGUCUCAUGCUUCAUGCAGCCGGUUUGGCCUUUACAUGCUGUAUACACAGAUGGAUAGAUAGCAGGAACCUUGUUAUUAAACAUACAUACAUGUAGGAUAUGGAAAACAUUAGGGAGAGUAUUUUGACGUCCAAGCAAAGACUGUACAUUUGUAAUUGUUAUUUUUUUUUUGUCGUACUGUUUUUGAACAAACAAAAUUCCUUAUAUGUUUGAUCUGCCUCCAAAUCGCUGUGUCUGCUCACAGGGGAAAUGAAACGUCUGACAUUUCACUCACAGUUUUUUUUCUGAUUUCUAACCGGUGUUACUGUCGGUACGGCUGCACCCUGACCUGCCUCACUGUAGUAUUUACUGAAGACCUUACUGUAAAUCUGUGGCCAGUUUCCAAGUUAAAAAGAAAAAACAAGUCCAUAGAUAUUUCAGCGCACUUUGUUUUUGUUCAUUUAAUACAUGUUUACAUCUCUUACAUUUAACAGCUGUUCUUUUGUGUUCAAACAUGUUUACUGUUGACAUCCAGUUAGCCCCCGGAGUGUUCUUUUAAGACAUGUUGCCCCAUUUAUGAUUUACAAAUAUCAACGUUGUUUUGGAGAAAAAGAUGGAGAGGUGGACCUCUGAAGACAGCUCAGAUUUAAGUGUUUCUAUGUACAUGGAAGCUAGAAUGUACGAGUAUGCCGUCUGUUCAUGCUUCUUUUCAAACAGAAACUGAGGGCUUCAUGUCGGUCACACCACGUGAUAGAUGGUGGGAGCUGAACGAUGUAAACAACACAAGAGUUUCAAGGUUUGAAGGGUUUGAAAGGUUUUGCUUAUCGGACCUGCUUAGUCGUUUUACUUAUGAUUCUGUGGAAUACUGUUGAACACACAGUUAAUCAUUAUCUGAAGACUGAGCUCAGCUAUUCCGAGACCAGUGGUGUCUGAAGUGCAGAGAUGUUACGCAGGAACAAAAAUAAAAUCCAAAGUACUGUUUGUUAAUGUUUGUGAUGAAUUGUGGAGUGUUUUUGUUGGAAAGUUCUGGGGGUAUUGCUCCUUACAGUGUGUGUUUACAUUAUUCUUUAUGAAUGUUUUUUCAGUUCUUUCAGCAGAGGGUUCCUUCUGUCCUGUACUGUCCCCUCCACCUUCAUUGGCUUCCUCAUUCACUGCCCCUUCUCCAGCUGUUUAUUCUGCUUCUGUAGACUGUGAAUUGUCACUUCACACGUUUGUAUUUUGAAAUGUAUAAAACCUCAUCACCUACCAAGCA